AAACACACAAGUACACUUCAAAUAGCAAUGCGUUUUAGUCAAGGCAGUGGCACAGACACUCUCUUCUUUAUCUUUCCGCAAGCAACAUGUUAUUAAUGCCAGCCAUUUGUAAAUGAAGCUUUGAAGAACUUUCAGCUUGGAGGCAUCAGGUGUGAGCAGACUACUAACUGCGCGGAUGACAGACAAACAACACUAGCUACUGUACAUGAACCAUUUCAUCUGGAGAGUAAGUUGACAUGUUGAAACGGCUUGCCAUAUGUGGAUCGGAAGUAGAGAUUCAGGUUUACUAUUAAAUUAUCCGCAUAUCCAGAGCAUCGCAGUGUAGGCUACUUCCAAAUGUCGAUAUCGGUCUGCUCGUAACAGGUGGAGCUCAUUUCACUCCAUCCGUCCGCCUGAGAAGUGGCAUUUAUGGGCAACCAGGUUGACAAACUGUCACACCUAAGUUACGCCGAAGUUCCCACGACAGACCCGAACGGAUUCGACGCCGAAGAAGACGUCCCGCGGAUCGGGGUCUCGUACAUUUUCGCGGCGGACGACGACGAACUGGACGAUCGUCAUGUCGAUGGAUCGGAGCAGAAUCAGGAAGAGAAGCACUACGACAAACGAAACGAGCUGGGCUGCGCCGUUUAUCAUCGCGACGAGUGUAUUUACGAGAAGAGUGUCAUCGCGAAAGACACAGAGACUCUCAGCCCGGAGAAUGUAUUAAACAAGUGUAAGCCCGGGGAUCUGCUGGAGUUCGUGUCCACCGGGCAGUACCCGCACUGGGCUGUGUACGUCGGCGACUUUCAGGUGGCGCACCUGCACCGGGCGGAGGUCAAGAACAGUUUCCUGACCGAUGCCAGCCAGGGCAGGAGGGGAAGGAUCGUGAACGAGCUGUAUAAAUUCAAAGCCCUCAGUCCCGAGGUGGUGGUGCAGAACGCGAUGGAGCAGGUCGGGACGAAAGACGGAGAAUUGAGUUGGAGAAACUCAGAGUGUUUCGCCGCCUGGUGCAAAUUCGGUAAACGCGAGUUUAAAAUGGGAGGAGAGAUACGCAUCGGAAAACAACCGUACAGAUUAAAGCUGCUUUUGCCUGAUAAGCAGUCGCAUGUGCUGGAGUUUCAGAGUUUGGAGGAUGUGAUCAUGGAAAAGAGGAGAAACGAUCAGAUCGGUAAAGCGGCUGUUAUUCAAGAACUGGCUCAACAUUUGAGCAACAGCGGAAGCAGCAGGAGUGAAGCAAACGUUCAAUGACAUGCAACAGGUUGAGGACAGAUAUGGAGCAUUCAAUGUGUUGAUCUCUGACAUCACGCGUUAUGAUGAUAAAUGCAUACAUUUUAAGUCUUAAAAGUGUAUUUUCAGUCGGAUAAUUUUGUUUCAAAUAGACUGGCUCUCAAGAACUGUUCUCUAUUAUGUACAAGGCUCUAUGAGUUAUAUAAAUCACCAUAUGUGGACCAUACUUUCUGAAAGUUUUAGCACAAGAAAGUAAAUCAUGACUGAAUCCACCAAGUCUGCCCUCCUACUGAGUUAUUCCUCCUUUUCUCAUCUCCUUUUUUCACACUUUUUACAACAUUGAAUAUUUCUCAGGGUAGGUUUAUGUUCUAAAGUCAGUUUCUGCAGAGUAACAUGGCAACAAAAAAAAGCUGUUGAACAUUUUCACCAUUUUCACCAUUAUUGCCCAAGAAUAAAGUUACAGGUCACUGAAUAUACUGAGUGAAUACACUCAGUGACCACUUUAUUAGGUACACCUCUACACCUACUUAUUCAUGCGAUUAUCUAAUCAGACAGUCAUGUGGCAGUAGUGCAGUGUAUAAAAUCAUCCAGAUACAGGUCAGGACCUUCUGUUAAUGUUCACGUCAACCAUCAGAAGGGGGCAUUGUUGAAAUCACAGUGAUUUCAACAAUGCCUUCACUUCCCCUCCAUCACCACCACCAAAACCAAAUCUACACCUCUCUUUAAAACUUCUACAUUAACCAGACUAAUUUAAGCUUUUGACCAAAAUUUGAAGGGUAAAAAAAAUUUGAGGCACAAUACAAUUCAUGAAACGACAAAAAUAUCAAACAUUGUUUUGGCCAACAAAUAUUGUAAUUGAUACAUUUCAUAAAUUUAUGACAUUAAAAACACAUUUGACAUCCUGAUCUGACAUUAAAGGUACUGUACAUUCCGGGUUUAAUACAAAUUAAGCUCAAUCGACAGCAUUUGUGGAAAAAUGUUGAUUACCACAAAAUAUUCUGACUCAUCUCCUCCUUUUCUUAAAAAAAAAAAAAGUCAAUGUUACUUGUAAUGUUACAGUUGUUUUAGGAUUUAAGGGUUUACAUCAUUAAGACACCAUGGCAACAAAGUUGUAAAACUGAAUAUAACUUUACACAGAAAUGGUUAGUAAGCGAUUUUAUAACACAAACAUUGUUUGCGUCUUAUGACUAUACUUUUGAAAUAAUUUGUAUUUUAACAUUUACAGAUUGGCCACAUUGACUUCCAUUGUAAGUGCCUUACUGUACCCUCGAUUUUUGCCUUUGUUUAAAGGAGUCAUAAGUCAGAAUUUAUUUAUAUGGUUAGCAACAUUAUACCUUAAAUGCUGUCGAUUGAGCUUAACUUAUUGAAUCUUUUUGAAAAAUCUGCCAUCAUAAUAUGCUUUAAUGUAUGCCGGUGGUUUUAUCAUGUUUGCUUGCUUACAUAGAGCUUAAGAUAGCUAUAACAAAAUAUAACAUUAAACAUUUCUUUGGGGGGUAGAAUUCACAAAAAUAUAUUCUAAUAUAAGUGGUUUUUGAAGCAGGUAUUUGAAACUAACAUAGAAAUCUACUGCCAGAGAAAACACAGUAUUUGCCCUCCAAACUCUCCACAACUUGGGCCAGUGGUAGCUCAGCUGUUAAGGCUCUGGGUUACUGACUGAAAGGUUGGGGGUUCAAAGUUGGGGGGACCCUAUCUGCUCCAGGGGUGCUGUUUCAUGGCUGACCCUGCGCUCUGACCCCAGCUUAGUUGGGAUAUGCGAAAACAACUGCAUUUCAUUGGCUCUGUACCUGUAC